UCUUUGUUAAUCAACAUUAUCAAUCAUCUCGUCGAUUUCGUGCCUCGUUCGUCAAAUCCACGCAGGAAACUGAACAUAGGAUAAGAAAUCGGAGAUGGCGACGCUGACCGUUCCUCCGGUGGUGACAACGCCUCGGGAUGAUGCUGUUCAGCUCCACCGUGCUUUUAAGGGUUUUGGAUGCGAUACUGCCGCAGUUGUGAAUAUUCUAGCCCAUAGGGAUUCAAUGCAGCGUUCUUACAUAGAGCAAGAGUAUCGAACUAUGUAUUCCGAAGAACUCUCUAAACGCCUGGGUUCAGAACUAAGAGGUGAUCUAAAGAAAGCAGUUUUAUCUUGGAUGCCUGAUCCGGGUACCCGUGAUGCAACAAUAGUAAAGCAAGCUUUCUCUGGCGACGUCAUUGAUUUAAAAGCUGCUACUGAGGUCAUAUGUUCGCGAACCCCAUCCCAAAUACAACAGAUGAAACAAAUAUACCUUGGACGCUUUCGGACUUAUCUUGAGCAUGAUAUUGAACACCAAGCAUCUGGUGAUCAUAAAAAGUUGCUACUUGCCUAUGUUACUGCCAUGCGUUACGAAGGUCCGGAGGUGGACAGAGCAAUGGCAGAGCAGGAUGCUAAAUCCCUCUACAAAGCAGGUGAAAAGAGACUGGGAACUGACGAAAGAACUUUCAUACGCAUAUUUUCUGAAAGAAGCCGAGCACAUUUAAAUUCCGUUGCUUCUGCUUACCAUAACAUGUAUGGAAACUCGUUGAAAAAGGCCAUAAAAAAGGAAACCUCGGGGACCUUUGAGUUUGCCCUCUUGACUAUAUUACAAUCUGCAGUAAACCCCGGGAAGUACUUUGCAAAGUUGCUACACAAGGCCAUGAAAGGCCUGGGAACCAACGACACGACUCUUAUCAGAAUAAUAGUGACGAGAGCAGAGAUGGACAUGCAUUAUAUAAAAGUGGAGUACGAAAAGAAAUACAGGAAGCCUUUGAAUGAUGCCGUCCAUUCGGAAACAUCGGGGCAUUACCGGACAUUCCUUUUGUCUCUCUUGGGAGCAACUCAUCAUUCUUGAUUCCCAGGUUCAUCAUUCCAUCCUAUCCUCAUUUGUAUGUAUUUGUAAAGCUUUGGAAAUGUCUAUUCCUCUAUUUUUUUAUUUUUUUUUCAUUUUCUUGCAGGUAUUGUAGUAAUUGCUUUAGUUUGUCUGUGGAAGUAAUUUUUUUUAUAUUUUUUUAUUAUUAUUAUGAUGUGAGAAUCUGGGCCGUUGUAAUGGCAGUUGGUUGGUUUAGGGCAUUUGGGUUUUCUGAGUUUAGUAGAAUGUUUUGAUUCAUUGAUUUGAUUUGUGUGGUUGUAUGUAUGGAAGUGUUAGGCUAUUAGUAGAUUGUUGGGUGAGAUUUAUGGUUGUGUUCUCUUUGAGUUUGCUUUUAAUGUUUUACCAUGUAUAUUUUGGUUUUUAAUAAAAAUAUAUUUAGUUUU